AUGGGAGUGAAGGUCGACGGUCGGCAGCUACACCAUUUGCGCUUUGCUGAUGACGUACUGAUAACACCUAGCAUCAGCCAAGCGGUACGAGUGCUGACCGAAUUCUACGAUACAUGUGGAUGCAUCGGUCUUCACCUGAAUCAACAAAAGACGAUUUUCAUGCGGAACGGAUGGGUUCCGGAUGCUCCAAUCACGCUCAACGAAAUGAACAUAUCCGAAUGCACCAGCUACCUUUACCUGGGCCGGGAAUUGAACAUGAUGAACGACCUGACCUCCGACCUGGGCAGGAGGAGACGAGCGACUUGGGGAGCUUACAAGAGCAUCGAGGAUGUAGUGAAGAAGACCAGGAACACCCGGCUCCGUGCUGACCUCUUCAGUACCACCGCUCUUCCUGCUUUGACCUAUGCUUCGGAAACCUGGGCAUCUCGCAAGCAGGAAGAAAACGCUGUGAGCGUCAUUGAACGCGCAAUUGAGAGAGUGAUGCUAGGAGUAUCCCGUUUCACGCAAGUGAGGGACGGAAUUCGAAGUUCUCUCCUACGUCAGCGAUCGAAGAUCAGAGACGCCGCCGCGUUUGCCAAGGAAAGUAAAAUAAGGUGGGCCGGACCCGUGAUGCGCUUUAACUACAACCGUUGGACCAGAACCGUGAGCGACUGGGUUCCACUGGGGAAAGGAGGAACCACUGGGCUACUCUGGCAAGCGAUCGGGACAAGUGGAAGAAUUACUGGCGCCAGCUCGACUAGUUUGAAGAUCAGCGGGAGUCAAGGUGAUCAAAGUGAUAACUCCAGUAUCUCUACUUAG